ACAAACACACAACCCCGUCAUCCGAACAGACCACGAAUCUCCAAAAUCAUAGUCGAAAUAAUUGAUAUGGACAAAUACCUACGCGAGUGGCGGCAGGAGGCCGUAAACAAACACCAAUACGAAACGGCCAUCUUCGUCGCCGACAAGCUGCUCGCCCUCACAGGAGACGAUCAAGACGCAUUCUGGCUGGCACAGGCUCACUUCAGCUCGGGCAACUAUAAUCGCGCCCAAUCUAUUCUCAAUCGCGGCAACCUCGCCCAGCGCAAUCCCCAAUGUCGAUACCUCGCCGCCCAUUGCUCUAUCAAGGCCAACAAAGUCGAGGAAGCCCUGAGUAUAUUGGGCGACAAGAACCCCACACACCUGAUAUCUGCCCCAGGAAGCAAUCGUCAGAAGCUGCGCCAUGUAGAUGUCCCCACGCGCGCCGGCGCACGUCACCAUCGAAAUCUGUCUCGCCACGAGCGACAACCCACAAGCGAAGAGCGCGAACGGGAAGAUGCCGAGAGCCUCAAAUCCGAAGCCGCCAUGUGCUAUCUACGAGGCCUCUGCUAUGCCAAACAGAAUGCCUUUGACCGCGCAAAGGAAUGCUAUAAGACGGCCUGCCAGAUCGAUGUUCAGUGUUUCGAGGCCUUCGAUGCCCUCAUGGCUAACUCACUCAUGUCUCCCACUGAGGAGUGGAAGUUCCUAGAGUCUCUCAACUUCGAUGACAUAACCGUCGCUGGAAAUGCUUCUCUAUCCCAAGAAGCGGCUCAGUUCACAAGAACACUGUACACAACCCGCCUUUCCAAAUACUCUCGCCCUCACGAAUUUGAAGACGCCGUUGAACAACUCACGACCCACUACAAACUCGCUGAUAAUCCAGACAUCGUCCUCGCCAAAGCCGAUCUCAUGUUUACCCACUGCCGCUUCACUGAAGCCCUCCACCUUACCUCGUCUGUCCUCUCCGUGGAUAAAUACAAUUUCGCCAUCCUUCCACUUCAUCUCGCUUCAUUACACGAACUCGGUCAGAAGCACGCCCUCUACCUCCUCGCCCACGAUCUUGCCGAUACACAUCCCGCAGAGCCCUGUUCAUGGCUUGCUAUAGGUAUUUUCUACCUAGCCACCAACCGCAUCGCCGAAGCUCGCCGUCACUUCUCUAAAGCAUCUGUCAUGGAUCCACACUUUGGUCCAGCAUGGAUAGGUUUCGCGCACACCUUCGCCGCCGAAGGCGAACACGAUCAAGCCAUCUCCGCCUACUCAACUGCAGCCCGCCUAUUCCAAGGCACUCACCUCCCUCAACUCUUCCUCGGCAUGCAAAACCUCCUCCUCAACAACUUCUCCCUCGCCCACGAAUACUUCACCACCGCCUACGAACUCUGCGCCACCGACCCGCUCCUCCUCAACGAAAUGGGCGUCGUAUACUACCACGAAGACCGCAUGCCGGACGCUAUAUCCAUGUUCCGCCACGCCCUCGAACUUUCUGCGCAAAACGAAGCAAACGCAGAAUCCUGGCUCCCGACGCGCAUGAACCUAGGCCACGCCCUCCGCCGGCACGGCGCCCUCGAAGAAGCCCUCGACAACUUCGAAAACGUCCUCCGCCACGGCGUCAAGGACGUAGGCAUCUUCUCCGCAAAAGGCCUCGUGCUGCUCGAACUCGGCAGGAGCUGGGACGCCGUCACCACGCUGCACGAGGCACUCGCUGUAGCGCCCCAGGACCCCAUGGCUACCGACCUCCUCACCCGCGCCCUCGAACUCAACGAAGAGGGCGACGAGAUGGGCGUUUUGGAUGCAGACGAGUAUGGCGUUGGUAAGCAUGGGAUGCUGGGUGGUGGUGCUGCUGCUAGCGAUGACGAGGUCGAGGAGUUGGAUCGCCGUUUAGGUAGCUUGAGGGAGAUUCAGCAGAAUCGCGUUGCGGGGAGGGGCAAGAGGAGGGGUGGCCGCAGACCAGUUGAGGAUAUGAGUAUGCUUGAGGAGAGCAUGCUUGUUGAUUCGGAUUGA